AAAAAAUUCCUGUGAUGAUAAAUAGUGGACCUAUUCAUGGUUGAACACUAUUUUAUUUCAAUUCCACAAAUAGUGUAAUAGAUAACGUAUUUCAUGGUUGGUGACUUCAACAAUAAUAUUGAGGAUCAUACUACUUUGUAAAAGCCCAUUCAUAAGAGGAUUAUUUUCUGUGCUACCUUUAAAAACAGAAGUAGAAACUAAGCAGCCUAAAAACAUCUGUUCUAGUGAUUUUAGUGUAUAUACACAUACAUGUAUAUUUGGAUUGGAUAAUAUUUUUGAAUAACAUUUAACCUGAAGCUAAAAAAAAUAAUUUGUAAUUCAGUGAUAUUUUCCUAAUAGAUUCUUGCAAUAAUCUGCAAAACUUGGGAUUUAUCAAAUCUUUAAUAAUAGAUUUUUGGUAGUAUCCUGCCUAGUUAUAGUAGGUCUACCUGUGUUAAAGAUUUCAUUUGGACCACUUGAUACAUUUGAUGAUAUUAAGAUUUUAGAAUUUUACUUGUUGCCAGUGCACAUGCUAAUUCAUUUAACAGACAUGACAGGUCUGUGUUCCAAGUAAAAAUAGAUUUUGCAUGAAGUGUUGUAUUUCAUAAGGAUACAUUUGUACAUUGGUGUCACUGUGUUUUGAUUUUAUUGUGAACUAUUAUAGUACUGACAAAGUCACAUUAUAAGGAAUUGAGAAUGGCAUCACUUGCAGCACAUAGGGAAAGAUUGCGUCUACAAUCUUUAAAUGAUAACACAGAAAGUGACCUAUUUCAGCGUCGUAGGCUUCAUAAUGAAGAAAAUCCUAAUCCUGAGGGUUUUAACAGCACCAAUAUGUCGUUGGCCAAUGGGGUCUGCUACAGAUGUAACGAGGGCUUUACUCCUCAAGAACAGAUAGUUAACUCGAAUGGAGAGAUCUGGCACACCCAGUGUUUCGUAUGUGCUCAGUGUUUCCAGCCUUUUCAAGAUGGAGUAUUUUAUGAGUUUGAUGGAAGAAAGUACUGUGAACACGACUUCCAUAUGCUGUUUGCUCCUUGCUGUGGAAAGUGCAGAGAAUUUAUCAUUGGUAGAGUGAUCAAGGCUAUGAAUAGUAACUGGCAUCCAGAUUGUUUUAGAUGUGAAUUGUGUACAGCCCCUCUGGCUGAUGCUGGAUUUGUCAAAAAUGCUGGAAGGGCCUUGUGUAAAGAAUGCAAUAACAAGGAAAGGGCCAAAGGAAUGGGAAAAUAUGUCUGUCACAAAUGUCAUGCUAUUAUUGAGGAUGGCCAUAUCAAGUUUAAAGGAGAAGCUUACCAUCCUUAUCAUUUUAAUUGUACCUCUUGUGGAAAUGAGUUGGAUGCCAAUGGUAGAGAAAAAGGUGGAGAGUUGUUUUGUCUCAGAUGUCAUGAUAAGAUGGGUAUUCCUAUCUGUGGUGCUUGUAGACGUCCAAUAGAAGAAAGAGUUGUUCAUGCUUUAGGGAAAGCGUGGCAUGUUGAGCAUUUUGUGUGUGCCAAGUGUGAACGUCCAUUCUUUGGGACUAGGCAUUAUGAGAAGAAAGGUUUAGCUUAUUGUGAAACUCAUUAUCAUCAGUUGUUUGGUAACAUCUGUUUUGUUUGCAACAAUGUAGUACAAGGAGAUGUGUUUAGUGCCUUUAAUAAAGCCUGGUGUGUCUCUCACUUUUGUUGCUCUAUUUGUGACAGAAAAAUGAGUCAAAAAACCAAAUUCUUUGAAUUUGACUUGAAGCCUGUCUGUAGAGUUUGUCACGAGAAGUUUCCCGGAGAACUAAAGAAAAGACUUAAGAAAUACCAUGAUGACUUAGCAAAGAAAGGACAAUCUUAAUAAGACAAAUAUUUUAUCUAGAGCUUUAAAAAAUGUUUUGUCAUAAUAUGUAUGAAUUAUCACCCCUUAGAUUGAUAUACAUAGGUUAAGUUUUGCAUGCAGUUAACCUCUUGCCUCAACUUAGUUCUACUUAAAUGUAUUGUUGCAUACCAUGUAUUCACAAAUUGUUUUAUAUUAAUGGGGACUUAAAACAAGUUGCUUCAAGCAAGUAAUGAUAAAAAUGCUUAGUGAUUUUUUUUCUCACAAAAAAAAAAGAAUACAAAUUGGUAUUAAGAUGUAUAUUCAAGGUAUUGUUACCAAUACAGAACACAUUUUUUUUAUUGAUUUAUGAAAGUUUGCAUGUUAUCCAUGGUUAAGAAAUCCUUGCUGCAUUGCUGCUAAAAAAAACAUUUUUGGUGCUUUAAUAGCUUGCCUAAAUAAUAUUUUUGUCUUUUUGUUAUUCUAACUUGAUUCAAAAUACUGUGAAUAUUUGAAUUUUCUUCAAGUAGUGGUUGCUGAAUUCAUUUUCUAAAUGUAAAUAAUUACAUUCAGGGGCGGAUCCAGCCAUUUUAAAAAGGGGGGUUCCCAACAUAGGAUAAAGGGGGGUUUCAACUAUAUAUCCCCAUCAAAUGAAUUGAUCCUCCAAAAAAGGGGGGUUCCAACCCCGGAACCCUCCCCCUGGAUCCACCACUGACAUUUUUAAAUACAGAUUUAUUACAUUUACUGUUUUAAUAUAGCAACAGCAUGAACAUACUUGUUGAGUGAUAUUUCUAAUCUCUCUUUGUAUAGAUUUCAAAUAAUAAAUGGAAAAGAUUAGAUUUUUUUAAUACAAAUAACCUUUUAUAAAGACUUUAUUUUGCACUAAGUAACACAGUAUUACAUGAUUUAUAUUUUUAUUUGACUUUGGAGAUUAAAUAUUCAAGUUUUAUAAUAUAGUGUUUUUCUAGAAAGAAGUACUUGAAAUCUUAUUUGCAAGUAAAUAUUCAAGUUUUAUAAUGAGUACAAGUUGCAGUGGUCUUUUUUAAAGUAGUACUUGAAAUCUUGUUUCCUGCAAGUCUUGAGAUGGUAGUUACGACUGUUUUACAAAGUAUAUUGACUCUAUAAUAUAAAAUGUCAGUUAAAAUCUUUUGAUGGUUAACUAUUAAAUAGUAUGUAAAGAAUGAACUUAUAUGAGUGUUUCCUUCUUGUAAUACACAACUUCCUGAUGUAAUACUAAAAUACUAUGGGUACAGACAAUGGCUUGAUUAUUUGCCAAGUUUUGUUGAGAGAUAAAAUUCUUUGAUCAGUAUAAACGAAUGUUGAUAUUAUGAAGUGUUUGUUAUGUGGAAUACUUUUUGACAAUUUUAUAUUUGUUAGCCUUGUCAAUGCUGUGGAUUAAUAUGUUAUGAAUAGAGUAUAUAAUUAGGAAGAUAUUUAUUGAUGUUAUAGAAAUUUGUAAUUAUUAUAACAAUGAAUAUAAAAGAAGCAUGCUUAA